AUGGAACAUGGCGCGUGCAACAUCAUAUACAUCGACCGGCGGGCCAACGAUGAGCGUGUGCGCCGCGAGACGCUGUCCAAGUCGCUCGUUGCGAGGACCAGCACGGGCAGCGUCGGACAGAGCUACUUCGCCCUGGGCAAGACGCCGCCGGCCGAGGUGCAUGCCAACGUCGAGGCCAUCCUCUCCAUGUUCAACGAAGUCCACAUAUGCGGCUCAGGCAGGUCUGGCCUGUCCAAGAUAUUCCAGAUCCUCGACUCGUCCAAAGCAAACGUCCCUACCUUUAUCCUGAUAGACAUCCCGUACGACGAGGAGCAGCGACGGAAGCGCCUAUCCCGCGAACCUCGCACACCCUCGCCCACAACCGCGCGCACAAAGCGAAUGGACACCAACGAGCCAGACGACACAUACGGCAUGCACCUGCUCACGCACAUCUCCUCGGAAAUCUCGUCGCGGAAUUUCUCGAAACUCGUCGUGCCUGUCGUCAUGUUGACCGGGCUUCACCGUGACUACAACUCCACGGCUCUGCCCUCGCCAAGCAUCGUUGGAGCGCAAGUCUUCGCGGACACGGUCCGCUUGUCUCGCUACCUGGAUGCCGGCGCUGUCGACGUGCUGUCAAGUCCCCUGUCCAAGGAUCGCAUGCACGGUCUGGCCAUCCACGCCCAUCGGUUACAAAAAGAAUGGAUGCGCGAAGAAGCAAGUUUUAUGACGACUAAGAGGAAUCGGAAGCUGUCUUGGGUCGGCGUUGACGAUGCGAAACCAUAUGCGUAUCUACGCGAGGCAAUGGUGUCGAAUCUGAUGACCGGCAUAUGUAAUCCUGAGGCCGUGGGCGAGCACAUUGAUUCGAGUGACUUCCAUCUCGACGAUGACCGAAAAGCAUUCGUCGCAGAAAAAGUGGGGACAUGGGCUUUCUCAGCGCACGACUUCACCGAUGACGAGUUACUCUACGGCGCUCUUGUCAUGCUCGAGCAUGCGCUUCAGAUGCCUGAGUUGGAGAGAUGGAGCAUGCCCGAGGAUGAACUCAUCGUUUUUCUCCUAUCAAGCCGCGCAGCCUACAACGACUUUGUCAAAUAUCACAACUUCCGCCAUGUAGUCGAUGUCCUCCAAGCCCUGUUCCACUUUCUUGUACGGAUCGGUACCCUGCCACCAUAUCCUUUGGACAGUAGCUCCAACGCGCAAAUUUCUCGGUCUUCGAUAGCCGAACUCCUCACGCCUUUCGACGCGCUCACACUCCUCAUCUCUGCAAUCGGACACGAUGUCGGGCAUCCGGGUGUCAACAACGCUUUCCUAGUCGCGCUCAACGCACCGCUCGCGCAACUCUACAACGACCGCUCUGUCCUCGAAUCCUUCCAUUGCGCCGCUUACUCGCAAAUCCUACGCCGCUAUUGGCCCAAGAUCUUUGCCGAUAUUCCUAUGCGAAAGCUCAUGAUUAACAAUAUCCUCGCAACCGAUAUGGGGUUGCACUUCAGAUAUAUGAGCGACUUGGGUAAUCUCCAAGAGAAGCUCGCCCACAAAGAAGAUGUCAUCGACGGGUGGAACGCUAAAGUUAGGGAGGAGAAUCGGGACUUGGCUUGUGGCCUUCUUAUCAAGUGCGCGGACAUUUGCAAUGUUGCGCGUAGAUACGAUAUUGCCGCCAGAUGGGCCGACGUUCUCACCGACGAGUUUAGCAACCAGGGCCUUAUGGAGGAAGAACUGCAAAUGCCAUCUUGCCUGUUCGGUGGGCCGCCUGUUCGCGAGGAUCUGAUUAAGCUUGCAGAAUCUCAGAUUGGCUUCAUGAAUAUCUUCGCAAGACCGCUGUUCGAGGCUGUUGCGGAUAUCCUCCCUACUAUGCAUUUUGCUGUGGAAGAGAUGCUCGCAAACAAUUCCGUCUGGGAGAGGAAGAUAGACGAGGAACGUCAGAAGAGCAAGAGGAACCAAAAACUGUCUCUGGGCGAACUACAACCUCCAGCUUUUGUGGUCGACUCCACUCCAAGCCCGUUGUCGCAUAGUCCCGCCACGUCGUUUGUCGAUAUGCCCGCGUCGUCGAAUGCUCACAGCUUGGGCAAGGUCACCUCCGAAGCCGCUUAUCGCCGGGAAUCCAUCGGUUCGGCAUUAUCCGGGUCUCGAAGAUCCUCCCUGGGUGUAGAUAAAGGCUCACGACGUUCCUCCCUUCUCGGUGCCCAGGGGAUAGUUUCUCGAGAGAACCAGGGCUCUUCCAGACGGGGAAGUGGGGACGCAAGUCUGACGGCAAUCCUGGUCACACAAACCCCGAACACGGCCAAGGCACCCACAGGCGAGUCACCGUCGAACUUUGAGGAUUGUUCAAGAGCGGACCGCAGAAAUACCUCGAGAUUAUCCAAGGAUAAGGAAGGCGAGAGACCUGUCACGGCUCCCACACACGUGAGGCGCAGUCAGGCUACCGAUCUUUACCCCAUGCCCUUGCCGUCGUCACAACAUCACUCCCAAGUCGAUCUGUCCCACGCCCCUAGCGAUACUCUCGACGGCACGAAAUUGUCACCUUGGGAUAAUAACAAAGCUAGUGGCGAUAGCAACGGAACACGGUACGACGUCUCGCGCGAUCUAAGCUGGUGGCGACAAAUGAGCACUCGACGACGCAGUACACGGACCGACGUGAGAAACGGCGACGCAAAUGUUCGAGCUCAACAUAAGGAAAUGACGCUUGAUUACCCCACUCCAAGCAACGAUUCGACUACAAAUUCGAAUCCACACCCACAUCCGCAUCCGCAUCCAUCGCCCGCCGGUUGUCCCAGCGUGGAAAGAAGGACCACGUCCGGCAAGAUACGCAGUUUCUUCAAGAGGAAACCCAGGGGCCAGGAUGAACCGGAGAAACAAUCGUCUAGUUUUGGGAGCUCCUCGCAGCUUCAAACACCGCCCACUAGCGACCCGGGACGAUCUUUGAAUAGCGACGACUGA